UUGAGCAGGAAGCGGAAGCACUGAAUAACCCCUGGCAGCAGCCGAGAGCUCAUUUCUCACUCGACACAGCCGGAGCCGGAGGUGGGCGCCCAGCACUGAGAGGCCAGCGGACCAAUGGACCUGCCCUGCGCCCUCGGGCUCUGGACACUGCUGGCCCUGCCGGGGGUCCUGGGCUCAGGUGGCACCAAGGACAGCGAGGGCUCCAGCUUGGUCACGGUCAUUCUGCUGCUGCUGCUGCUCCUACUGCUGGCCACUGGCCUGGCACUGGCCUGGCGCCGCCUCAGCCAGGACUCCGGGGGCUACUACCACCCAGCCCGCCUGGGUGCCCAGCUGUGGGGCCGCACGCGCCGCCUGCUCUGGGCCAGCCCACCAGGCCGCUGGCUGCGCACCCGGGUGGAGCUGGGGUCGCCCGACGAGGACCUAGAGCGGCAGGAUGAGCAGGACAUGGAGGACGACUACGACCUGGGCGGUGGCCGGGUGGAACCCGCAUCCCAGGAAGAGGGGCAGCCAUGCGGAGAGGGGCCCAGCGCACGGCAGGUCCCAGAGCUGGCCGAGGAAGCACACGACGACGACGACACCGAAGGGGGCCUGGGCCUGGGCUCCCAGAGGCUGGCGGGGGGCUCAGGUGGCAGUGCCGAGGCCCUGCUGAGCGACCUACACGCCUUUGCUGGCAGCGCGGCCUGGGACGACAGCACGAGGGCGGCUGGGGGCCAGGGCCUCCACGUCACCGCCCUGUAGGAGCCGGCCCUGGUGCCACAUCCCGGCCACUGUGCCUCCGCUUCCCAAGCUGCCAUGGCUGGACAGCCUACCCCGGACUCAUCAUCUCCCACACCCCUGCUUGGAGAGCCUCAGACUGCCACUCCCCCCACUAGUUCUGUGCCCAAGUCUGUGUAUCCCUGCCCCCCACCCAGGAAGGCCAUCCGUCCCCAGGGGCACUGGCAUCCAUCUGAAAUAAAACCCCUCCAGCCCUGGG